AAAAAGUACAUUUUCUGCUCUCGUGGAAUUGUUUACGAUGGGAACAAUCGAUAUUUUCCUGCGGGGUUCGUAUGUUCUCUGAAUGUCAAAGAGGGAACGAACGGGAUUGUUACGCAUUUAAUGAUUCGCAAAUGCUACAAGUUACACCCAUUACGUGUUUUUCCACAUGCUUCAAUGGUUUGAAAGAGCAACGGACGACAUACGACAUGGUCCUUACAGGAUUCCGUAGGCAGUGACAGGUUGAACAGCAGACGACAUUCAUUGUUGUGAAUAUAACUGACACUCAGGCGCUCAUCAGCAGACGACAUUUAUUGUGGUGAAUAUUUUGAACAGCUGACGAUAGUUAUUGUCGUGAAUAUAACUGAUGUUGAGUUUCACGAUGAACAGCAGACGACAUUUAUUGUCGUAAAUAUUUUGAACAGCAGACUACAGUUAUUGCCGUGAAUAUAACUGAUGCUGAAUAAGGUGUUAAAAUUUCCACGAUGAACAGCAGACGACAUUUAAAGCGCAUUGAUGAGGAGGAUGUGUAUGCUUUAAAGUACAAUGUACCUUUCCCGCUACAUGCAGCCGCAUGUGCAGGGGACACAGAGGCAAUAGAAUAUCUUGCAAGACGAAAACAUGUCAACUCCUACAACGAGGUUGGACAGAUGCCAUUACAUAUUGCUGCACAGCAAGGUCAAUAUGAGGCCGCAAAGCUGCUACUUAAACUUGAUGCAGAUGUUAACACUCCUGAUAGGUCUUCUGGAAGAACAGCUCUGCACCUUGCUUGUGCGAAUAGCCAUAAAUCUACGGUUGAACUUCUUCUUAAGAUGGGUGCUGUUGUGUACGAACAAGACAAGAAUGGUGUCUAUCCGGUUCACCUGGCUGCUGGAGGUGGCCACUGUGGCGUUAUCCAGUUCCUCGUCGCGACAGGAGCGCUCGUCCGGUGUCAAGACAAGAACAAUACAGACCCUAUGCACUUGGCAGCGCAACAAGAUAAGUCGGACACGAUAGGUACAUUACAUGGCUUCGGUGGAAAUCUAGAUGCCACAAAUAAGGAUGGGGAGACACCAUUACAUAUUGCGGCUGUCAGCGGCAGUGCUGCAGCUAUUCGGAAACUUUAUCAGCUAGGUGCUAAUCUUGACAGCAGAGACAAGUUUGGCGAUACGCCUCUACACCAUGCCACUCGUGUUGAAAAGCUUACCUCAAUAGAAGUCCUUGCAGAAGUUGGUGCUGAUCUUAAUUCAAGAAACGACAUCAAAGAAUGUCCAAUUCAUCUGGCCGCUCGACUUGGCCGUUGGAAAUCAAUUCGCCAUCUGUUAACAGCGGGCGUGGACAUAGAUGUUCCGUAUAAGAAAGGAUUGCAAGCUAUUCAUAUUGCUGCACAAUAUGGUUUAUGUGACGUCAUACGAGUGCUGAAAAUAGAACACGCUGACCUUAAUGCAAAAGAUAAAAAUGGGAACAGACCGUUACAUCAUGCUGCAAAGAAAGAACAAAAUGCUGCAAUCCGUGUUCUUGUAGAGCUAGGGGCCGAUAUUAACGCUCCUCGUAAGAGACAAGAUACGGCAAUACACAUGGCUACAAAAGAAAAGAAAACCAACAUUGUACAGCUUUUAGCAUCUCUCGGAGCAGACUGCAACAAAGAAAAUGAGUCGGCGCUUGGUCCCCUUUACUAUGCCGCGGUGAACGAGGACGUACCUACUUCAAAGUGCCUUCUUCGAUGUGGAGCUGAUAUCAAUACCCUCAAUUCUGAGGGAGAAGGAUUGGUGCAUAUCAUGGUUGAAGAAGAAAGAUUAGAGGGGUUGUCGACCAUGAAGGAACUAAAAGCAAAUUUCAGUCUCCUGAAUGAGGAAGGAAUAACUUGCGUCCAUAUUGCAUCCAGGGAAGGACAAACGCAUGUACUAAAGCACCUUAAGGACAUUGGUGUUGACCUGAGUGUUAAAGACAAGCUGGGCUUAUCAGCUCUUCAUGUUGCUGUCAUGGAGGACAAGGGUGAAGAAGUUGACAUGCUUAACAAUAUUGGAGUGGACCUUGAUUGUAGGUCAAAGAAUUUCACCCGCGACGCAGACAUGCCCCCUCUGUGUAAAACAUGCUGGCCUCCAAAGGAUGUCGAAAGAAUUGACUACUGGAAAAUCAAGACUGGGAUGACACCCGUUCAUUUGGCAUUUUGUUUUGAUCAUGAAGACAUACUGUCACAUCUAGUCACUUGUGGUGCUGAUAUAAACAUAGGAAAUGAUGCUGGCGAAACCAUUUUUCAUCUGGCUAUCUUUUUUAAUAUGGCGGACUGGCUUCAAAAGCUGCUUACUCUUGGUGCUGAUAGAAACUGCAAAGAUAAGUAUGGACGUACGCCGCUGCACUACGCUGCACACACAGGGAGCCUGGGCUGUCUGAGAGUGCUUCUGAAGUUUGGGGCGGUCAUAACAGAGUCCGAUAACGAAGGGAGGCAACCCUUACACUACGCUGCGGAGUCGGGACAUUUUCUUCUUCUCCCAGAAUUUACCGGACAUAGUCGUGCUGUGGAUAUCAACUGUGUCGACAACCAUGGUCUGACACCAUUGCAUUUGGCUUGUAGAAGCGGGCAGAUCGAAACGAUUGUCGAAUUGAUACAACUAAGGGCCAAUGUUGAAGCCCUUGAUGACAGCGGAAACACCGUGGUCCAUCUGGCUGCGGCUAAUGGUCAACAUGAGAUCAUUGUUCAGCUUGCCUCCCUUGGUUGCAACAUGGAUGUGCAGAAUAAAGAUAUGAAAACUCCACUGCAUAUGGCUGCAGAAAGUGGACAAGGAGAAGCUAUGGAAUAUUUGCUCAUGUGUGGAUGCAAUCCCAACAUUCGAGAUAAGAAUGAGAAUCUACCCAACACGUUUAGAUUGCCCGUCAAUAGAAAGCAUGCAGUAACGAAACGCAUCAAGCAAUACAAUGAAAACCAUUCAUCAAGACACACGUCAGGAGAAAUCAGUUAUGAUUGCUGGAUGGUAUCUGUUGGAAAACAAGUAGAUUUACCUCGACUUGGUAUCACUGUUACACUGGAGUCCAGUGCAGCGCUCAGUUCUAAACCGAUCGUAUUUAUACACCGAAGCCCAGCCGAUUCUGCUCAUCUUGACAUUCCAUUAACUGGUUUGGAAGAGAUUUUAAGUGAUGUGUAUGAGCUGCGUGUGCUAUGUUUGGAGUCGGAGUGUACAUUGAUGAUUGAGAUACCGCUUGAUGGAUAUCCUGGAAGUUUUGAAAGUUACCUGAAAACUACAGAAAAUGAAGAGUUCAAAGAAUACACGACAUCAGAAGAGAAUGGGGUGCCAACGUUUGUCACAAAGGUACCGAUCAGUCGUGGAACCGUUAAGAAAUUCGCAGUACUGGCUCGUCCUAGAGUCUACAAGCACAAAAUAGGAUCAGACGGCGGUACAAUCAUGUCAGAUCUAAACCGAAAGAUAAGACUUGAAGUUCCAGAAAACACAUUCGAAGACCUUGUUGAUAUAAAUAUGCAGGUAGUUGAGACGAGAGAUAUGGACAGGAAACCAGACCGCAUAUUCGCUGCAGAUAUAAUAAAUCUAAACAGCGAGAGGCAGCCUCUAGACAGAAUAAAACUUCAGAUCCCGCUCCAUAGUGAAUCAGAUGAUGGUGAUGAUAUUGUUGUCUUUGUUGUAAACAGAGAGGACGAAAUAGAUGACGAGAGAAGAUGGAUGGAGUUGGAAUCAUCUGCCAGACAUCAGAAUGAUUGCAUUACCUUUUGGGUCAAACAUUUUUGCAUUUAUGUACCUGUACGUAUUGCAAGAAAUUCGAGUCUCACUAUAGACGCUGCAAAAAGGAUGGCCAAAGAGCGAAUCAAGAGCGCAUUGCAUAGAGAAACCUCAGUACUUUUCUUUUAUGCGCUAUUUCCGAAGAAAGACUCAUACCUUGUCAUAUUUGAAUGCACUACACCCGGAAGAUUUCAAAGGAGGAGAGAAUUCUGGGAAAACGAGGGGUUCUUUCUCCAUUCAGAGGUUAAACAUUCGGGACAUUUUGAGGCACGGCCAAAUCAGUCAUUUUUCUUUGAUGUCACCGGCAACAUGAAAUAUGUUGGAAGUAACAGCAGAAAGCUGAAACUUACAUUCAAUCCAAGAUCGUACAAGUUCCAAUCCUUUUAUCUGACCAGAAUCAACAAAAACCUGCCUCAAAUUGGAGAAUUUCAAGUAUUUACAAGUUUGCCUAACAUCGAAGCCAAGACAGGGAAUCAAGAAGUGUUGGUUACAAGUCUGCCAAUUGAUAUUCCGCAAACUACCUCGUGCGUGAUUGCAUAAUUAGUACACUCGUUUGAACUACCAGGAGGCAAACGCGUACACCAAAGAAGUAUUUGAUUUCAAUAUUUAACACAGGCACCAAAGAAGUACUUGUUUCAACAUUUCUGGUAGAUAUUUUGCAAAAUGAUGUGUUUGUGAUUUCGUAACUGAUGAACUCGCUAUCAUGGCCAACGCGAUUAAAAACAUGCAAACCAAGUGAUAUUCUGUAAACUAGCAUGAGUUUGAUCACAUAAAUAAGGAAUCAGUUAAUCUGACUACGAAGCUAACCUUUGGAACCAAACACAACAAGGUUACGAGUUCCUUCGUGUAUGCUAAAUAAUGAACUUUUACGCACUUGUUUCGCGUAUGAAGCUAAACAAACAUUAUGAGAUGUUAUGAAGCGUAGAAGUCCUGUCAAACGAUGUUGUUUGUGUUGGUUUUCUUACUAAUACGAAUGAUUUUGAUUUGUUUUCAAAAUAAUAAAAGAAUGGUAUAUGUA